UCCACCUCUGGCUUCUCUGUGGUCUGAGCGCUGUGGUGACCCCUCAGGAUGUCACACAACAAGCCCAAAUGUUUCUAGAAGAGUUUAACAGGAGGGCAGAAAAUAUCAGCUAUGAGAGCUCCCUUGCCUCAUGGAACUACAACACCAACAUCACUGAGGAGAAUGCCAGGAAAAUGAAUGAGGCGGCUGCCAAGUGGUCCGCGUUUUAUGACGAGGCCUCCAGGAAUGCCAGCAGCUUCCCGUUAUCCAGUAUCCAGGAUGAUCUCACCAGGCUCCAGAUCCAGGCUCUCCAGGAGAAAGGAUCAUCUGUGCUGCCAGUGGAAAAAUAUAACAGACUGAACACUGUGCUAAAUACAAUGAGUACCAUCUACAGCACUGGGACCGUCUGUAAAAUUGGUGAACCGUCUGAGUGUUUGGUGCUGGAGCCAGGUCUGGACGCUAUUAUGGCUAACAGCACGGAUUAUCAUGAGAGGCUAUGGGCCUGGGAAGGCUGGAGAGCUGAUGUUGGCAGGAUGAUGAGACCAUUAUACGAAGAGUAUGUUGAACUUAAAAAUGAGGUUGCAGAGCUUAAUAAUUAUUCUGACUACGGAGAUUACUGGAGAGCAAAUUAUGAAGCAGACUAUCCAGAAGCAUACAAAUACAGCCGUGAGCAGCUGGUCAAAGAUGUGGAGAAGACGUUUGAGCAGAUAAAACCUCUGUACGUGCAGCUGCAUGCCUACGUGAGGCACCGGCUGGAGCAGGUCUAUGGCCCCGAGCUCAUCAGCUCCACGGGAUGCCUCCCUGCUCACUUGCUGGGUGAUAUGUGGGGUAGAUUUUGGACAAAUCUGUAUGCCUUGACCGUUCCCUAUCCAGCCAAACCAAACAUUGAUGUAACUUCUGCAAUGGUUCAAAAGGAAUGGGAUGCAGUGAAAAUAUUCAAAGCUGCUGAGGCCUUCUUCACCUCCAUCGGCCUCAGUGCAAUGACUGAGGGCUUCUGGAAUAAUUCUAUGCUCACAGAGCCGGCCGACAACAGGAAGGUUGUCUGCCAUCCUACGGCGUGGGAUCUGGGGAAAAAUGACUACAGGAUCAUGAUGUGCACCAAAGUGACCAUGGACGACUUCUUGACCGCGCACCACGAGAUGGGCCACAUCGAGUACGACAUGGCGUACUCCGUGCAGCCCUACCUGCUAAGAGACGGUGCCAACGAGGGCUUCCACGAGGCCGUGGGUGAAAUUAUGUCACUUUCUGCAGCCACUCCUCAGCACUUGAAAUCUCUUGACCUCCUAGAGCCAACUUUCCAAGAGGAUGAAGAAACUGAAAUCAACUUUCUGCUCAAACAAGCGCUAACGAUUGUUGGAACAAUGCCUUUUACUUACAUGCUGGAGAAGUGGAGAUGGAUGGUGUUUAAGGGUGAGAUUACAAAGGAGGAAUGGACGAAGCGGUGGUGGGAGAUGAAGAGAGAAAUAGUUGGUGUUGUGGAACCAGUCCCUCAUGAUGAAACCUACUGCGACCCUGCAGUGCUGUUUCAUGUGGCCAAUGAUUACUCAUUCAUAAGGUAUUAUACCCGCACCAUCUAUCAGUUCCAGUUUCAGGAGGCACUUUGUAAGGCAGCUAAACAUACCGGCCCUCUUCACACAUGUGACAUUACCAACUCCAGUGCAGCUGGUCGGAAUUUGAGGCAAUUGCUUGAAUUAGGCAGAUCCAAGCCCUGGACUCAAGCACUGGAAAGUGUAACAGGAGAGAAAUACAUGAAUGCAACACCCUUGCUCCACUACUUCGAACCUUUAUAUAAGUGGCUGCAAAAAAACAAUUCUGGCAGAUACAUUGGUUGGAAAACAGACUGGGCUCCAUAUUCUGGCAAUGCCAUCAAAGUGCGCAUCAGCCUGAAGUCAGCGCUGGGGGACCAGGCGUAUGAAUGGGAUGAAAGCGAGCUCUUCUUGUUCAAGUCAUCCAUCGCCUAUGCCAUGAGAAAAUACUUUGCAGAGGAGAAGAAACAGAAAGUCAACUUUCAGAUUACAGACAUUCAUGUUGGGGAACAGACACAAAGGAUCUCCUUCUACCUUACUGUCAGCAUGCCAGGUAAUAUCAGUGAUACUGUGCCCAAAGCUGACGUGGAAAAUGCCAUCAGGAUGUCUCGGGGACGAAUCAAUGAGGCUUUCAGACUGGGUGAUAACACGCUGGAGUUUGUGGGCAUACUUCCAACCCUGGCCACACCUUAUGAACCACCAGUCACCGUCUGGUUAAUUAUAUUUGGGGUGGUCAUUAGCCUGGUUGUCAUCGGAGUUAUUGUCUUGAUCAUCACUGGGCAGAGAGAUCGCAAAAAGUGAGAGAGCAAGAGGAAGUAGGAGUGAAGCAAAAUCAAACUGUGAACAGGUGAACCCUUAUGAUGAAGAAGGAAAAAGCAAUAUGGGUUUUGAGCCAUCUGAAGAGACACAA